AGAAAGAGAGGAAAGAGGAGAGGAGAGGAAGGCAGAGAGCCGAAGCGGUGUGUGUGGAAAGUCAGUGCAAAGCGGGAGGAGAAACUUGAGAUGGUUUAGGUGCAAAAUUGCGGCGAGGAUUAAAAAUAAACCUCCUCCUUUCUUUGAGAGGGGAUACAGGAGGAGGAGAUCAAGUCAGGGAGAUAUGGAGGAGAAGAUAUCCUGCGGGGGGAAGGGGAGCGCUUGACAGAGCGUGCACAUUGCCGGCAGGUGUAUGUGUGUAUGCAAGCGUUGGUAGACAUAUAUACACACUGUCAGCUCAGUGGGAGGACGGGGUGAACUUUGACUCGCACUCAACGCUCACAUUCCCACUCUCAGGACUCGUACACACACACGCACCUGCACACUGAUACCCCAGAAACAAAGCCAUGUUGGCUCAGAGUCACAUAUCUCAGAGUCCUAUGGAUGGUUGAAAAUGGGACACCGGGUUCCCCCUCCCCUCCUGUGAGGACUCAUUCUGCGGACAGGACGGCAUCCAAAGAGUGCACGACUCUCACCGAAAAGCCUUGCGCCGCGUCGGACGAGGGUUGGUGAGCGGCCCGGCGGACGAAGCCCCGCGCGACGCCUCGUCUGUCCUGAAUGAGACCCUCUCGCGGCGGACGGGGCCACAUUAAAAAUACAUGUCCCGGAGGAGCGCCACUGUGGCAAGCAGCACCGUCACAGCAAUAAAUCAGCAGCAGAGGACUUUGAUUUCUCCGUUAUCACUUUUUCUGCGGCAACAAUGGAGGAGCAGGCGUGUUGGAGGGCCUGCUGACCCACACAAGCACACAGCAGGAGUCUAUUUCUGGAGCCUCAUUGCUUUAACAGAUUAACUGCCCUCAAAAUAUGGCCCCAAUCCCUUCACUGCAGCUCUAGUGUGACUACUGUCUGAGGGAGUGCGUCCUCAAGCUUCAGCAUACCCUCUGACUGCGAGUCUGUUCCGUCAUCUGAAGCCUCGCUGCCUUCGGCCUGUUUUUGGUGGCAGUUUCAGAGUACUUUUUUUUUUUUUUCUUCAGAAGAACAAACAAAAGUGUGAGUGCGAUGACAGCCUGAAAACCUUUUUUUGUGAGUCUUUGGUGAUUGUUUCUCAGCUGCCCGUUCCCAUCCCCAAAGUAUUUUUAUCCUUAAAGGGAAAUAAUUGAUGUCCAAAGCGUUUGCGAAUAAUACCACGACACUGUGCUCAGAUUAAGACUUGAUAUUUUAUUGCAAGGGACGGUUUCCACGAGGUCCUGAGGGCGAAUCAGGCUGAAAACCGGCCGCCCCGUGUUUUUCUUAGCCUCCCUCUUGUGCUAAUCAAAGUCCUCCAUCAUCAGAAUUGACAUUUCCAUAUUGUAUGGGAGAGAAAGUAGCCGACAUUAGCAUAUUCAUGAAUGCUGACACGCUCAAUCAUGUGAGGAGGCAGACAGGGGGCGAACCCUGAGACGUCAAGCCCCGGAACAAAUAACUCAUGACAUGUGAGGAAAGGAGAAGAGCUUGAAUUCCCCCCAAACGCAACCUCAGCACAACAUCACAAACACGACACAAAGCAGAGAGCUGGCACUAGCCGAGUCAGGGAAUUUCACUCUGUCAUGAACCUGGCAUGUGUUGAUGGGCUGCAAAGCAAAGGGCUUUAAUAAGAGAAAAAUUAGAGAAUUGGAUUAAGGAUGGAUUACCACUGCGCCAGUAAAGCCGGCAAAGCAGCUGCUUUCAAAUAAACCCGUCGGACGCUCUUUGGGGAAAGGCUCUGAAGAUUUAUUUGUUGAUUGCUUUUGGUUGUUGAUGCGGUGGCCUCUUGCUCGGCCCGUGUUAACAGCGAGGGAUGGAGAGUCUGGAUGAGCUGGAGCACCCUCUUCUGGGAGAGAGCCCUAAGAGCAGCGGGGGAUCCGGACCCGGGCCGGGGCUCGGACCCGGACCCACUCCUGCAGGCCUGUUCAAGGGUAUCCUGGUGAGGUGUGAGGAGGACAGGGCUUACCCUCCGCUGGCGUGGAGGGGCUACUGCGCAGGCCGUCCUGAGCUUCAGCACCAGCAGCUACUGGACCCUUGCUCUUUGCCACGCACAUUAGAGGCCUUCUACCCUCCAGCUCCCAUGUGGGGCCACGCAGACUCCCUGCUGAGCAAGGACUACCUGGAGACCACGUUCGUGGACAUCCACCCCGGCUCCUCCCUGGAGAGGAAGCUGCUGGUGGAGGCGCAGGACUUCCACAGCGUGUCCUACAGCCUGGACGACGAGGACGACCUGCUUCCCGACUUUGAGGAAUCAUCCAGUGAUGACUUCAGUGAUACAGACAGCGAGAGCAACUUCCCUCUGAUGAUUCCUCAGGACUACCUGGGCCUGGCCUUUUUCUCCAUGCUCUGCUGCUUCUGGCCCCUGGGCAUCGCUGCUUUCUACCUAUCACAGAAGACCAACAAAGCAUCAGCUCAAGGGGAUUUUCAGGGGGCGAACACCGCGUCUCGCCAGGCUUUGUGGCUCUCAGUGCUCUCCAUUGUGUUUGGGAUCAUAACGUACAUCUGUGCCAUUGCUGCGCUCAUUUCUUACCUGUCUGGAAAGCCGCCAUAAAAGCAGCCCUGGCACGAGGAUACACCGAAAAGUAGCCCCUCCCACCCCCGCACCACCAUCACCACCACCACCACCACCACCACACAUCCAGGAACAUCGGCACACACCAUCACACCACAUGGAAGUGUAAGAUAAUCACAAUCCUUGUCCCGCGUCUGGAUACAUGUUUCACCUACACCAGGAUGGAAAAGCCUAGACUGGACAGAGCAGUGUAUUGAUCAUAAUCACCUCUAAUUGGAUGAGGACAUAAUUGAAUGAUAAGGAGGAAUUUUCACAAAGGAUCGAAGAAAAAUGGCUGAAGUUCAUCCAUCAUCACUUAGAGUAUAAAGGAUUCAAUUUGUAAGUGUUAUUAUUUUGUCCAACAGAGACUUUUAAAGUAUGUGCCAUAUUCUUCAGUUCUGUUGUAGUUUUCAUUUUAGGUGUUGCUUUUUCAGUGGGGUAGCCUAUAUCUUAUGUUGAAACGACAUGCAUCACAUGCACCGUGAAAAAAAAAACCCAACCCAGAUGUCAUCACCUCAUUGUAGAUAUCACCGUCAAAAACGCCGGCUGAGUCAUGAGAGGUGGAGGGAGAGAGAGGGACAGAGGGACAGCAUGCAGCCCUGUCUGUGUGGGAGGAGCAAAGACGUGGCACGGCGAUGGAGUCUGCAGAUUUAUGACAAGGUCACAGCAAGGACGUGGCAGCGACUAAUCCUGAUGGACCUCGCUGUGGGAGGGUCUGAGCGAGCCGCCUGAGGCCCACCUCUAGUGCGGGACACCCACAGGGAAGCACUGCAUCACCACAUGAACCAAUCCCACCAAGGCCAUCCUGAGCUUAAAAGCCAACGUCAUACACUGUUUACCUGCAGAUGGGACUGACUCUGGUUUGUUUCUACUGUGGAAAACCAAGUAUCUUUAUGCUAAAACACAGAAAAAACACUCUAACCGAGAAGUAUAGUGCCAAACAUUAUAAAAAAAACAAAAAACAAAUAACAAUAAUGCAUUCAAGAGUUAAAAAAAGAAGGAAAACCAAGUUGGCAAAGUGUAUCAUUCUUGGAAAAUAAAUAGAGGAGCUGCCUCAGUACAUAGUGUGAGCAGACCUGUGAGGAAGGAGCAAGUACACAGAGAAACUCUGAGGAUCCUUGUAUGAGUUAUUCCAUUAAUAGAAGCAACCCAGGCGCUGCUCCACGCUCCCCAAAUAUAGAUUCUUCUAUUUUUCUCUCCCCAAUGUAGGACUGAAAUCUUUUGAGUCAUUUUGCCGCUUUCAGCAAGACAAACUUUCAGACUUAAGUCUGUGUCACCAUGUGCAAACAGCCGUAAUACCGUUUGUUUGGAUGAGCACCGAAGUAAAAUGCUGCAACAAAUAGGAGAUCCUAUUUGAUGACGCAUCUUUAUGCCUGUCCAUCUGAUGCAUGAGUCAGUUAAGGCUUCAUUUAAUUUAUUUAUUUAUUUAUGUCCGUCACAACCAAAAUCCCUGCAUGGUGAGUUUGUGCUUUGCCAUGUCAAACCUGCUCCAAGCUUCAGCUUCCUUUCAGUUCCUCUGGAAUGAUUGCAAGAAUAGCUUUGAUGAUGAAAAAAAAAAAAAAAAAGGCAGGAGGAGGAAAACCUCUAGCCA